CCCCGUGCACCGUCCCUCCCAGCCGCCGCGCGACUCCCCGAUCCCCGGCUACACCACCCAACCACCGCAACCGUGAAGAUGGCGGCCCGGGUCGUAAUAUUUUUCAAGACUAUGCAAGCGGCGCGAUGCCCCACCGAUGAGCUGUCGCUGACUAAUUGUGCCGUGGUGAACGAGAAGGAUCUGCAGUCAGGACAACAUGUGACGGUGAAAACCACACCCAACCACAAGUUUGUGUUCACAGUGAAGACCCACCACACCGUGGCCCCUGGAAGCAUCGCCUUCAGCCUGCCACAGAGGAAGUGGGCCGGCCUCUCCAUCGGCCAGGAAGUGGAAGUGGCCAACUACAACUUUGACAAGUCCAAGCAGUGCAUUGGCGCCAUGACAAUCGAAAUUGACUUCCUGCAGAAGAAGAGUACUGACUCCUCCCCCUACGACUCGGACAAGAUGGCCGCCGAGUUUAUCCAGCAGUUCAACAACCAGGGCUUCUCUGUUACCCAGCAGCUAGUGUUCACCUUCUGCGACAAGCUGUUUGGCUUGAUGGUUAAAGACAUCGAGGCCAUGGAUGCCAGCAUCCUCAGAGGAGAACCAGCUUCUGGAAAGAAACAGAAGAUCGACAUCGGACUGAUGGUAGGAAACAGCCAGGUGAUCUUCGAGAAGGCCGAGAGUUCAUCCCUCACGCUAGUUGGGAAGGCAAAGACCAAGGAAGCACGACAGACAAUCAUCAACCCAGAGUGGAACUUUGAGAAGAUGGGAAUCGGAGGUCUGGACAGGGAAUUCUCCGACAUUUUCCGCAGAGCCUUUGCUUCCCGAGUCUUCCCUCCAGACAUCGUGGAGCAGAUGGGGUGUAAGCACGUGAAGGGCAUCAUGCUGUUUGGGCCUCCUGGCUGUGGUAAAACACUGAUGGCGAGGCAAAUCGGCAAGAUGCUCAACGCCCGUGAGCCGAAGGUCGUCAACGGCCCCGAGAUCCUCAACAAGUACGUUGGAGAGUCCGAGGCAAACAUCCGCAAGCUGUUUGCUGACGCAGAGGACGAGCAGAAGAGGCUGGGAGCCAACAGCGGCCUCCAUAUCAUCAUCUUCGAUGAGCUGGAUGCCAUCUGCAAGCAGAGAGGCACGGGCGCCAGCAGCACGGGCGUGCACGACACCGUGGUCAACCAGCUGCUGUCCAAGAUCGACGGCGUGGAGCAACUCAACAACAUCCUGGUCAUCGGAAUGACCAACAGGCCCGACCUGAUAGAUGAUGCCCUGAUGAGGCCCGGCAGGUUUGAGGUCAAGAUGGAAAUUAGUCUGCCCGAUGAAAAGGGGCGUGUCCAGAUCCUGACCAUCCACACCAACAAGAUGCGAGGCUUCAAUCUGCUCGCCCCCGAUGUCGAUAUCAAGGAACUGGCCACCGAAACCAAGAACUACAGCGGUGCCGAGCUGGAGGGGCUGGUCAGGGCCGCUCAGUCCACGGCCAUGAACCGACACAUCAAGGCCACCUCUACAGUGGAAGUGGACAUGGAGAAGGCCGAGAAGCUGCAGGUCACCAGAAGUGACUUUAUGGGAUCCCUCAACAACGACAUCAAACCUGCGUUUGGUACGAACCAGGAGGACUACUCCAACUACAUCAUGAACGGCAUCAUCAAAUGGGGCGACCCGGUCACUCACGUCCUGGACGACGGAAUGCUGCUGGUGCAGCAGACCAAGAACAGCGAUCGCACACCGCUGGUGGCUGUGCUAUUGGAGGGCCCACCCCACAGCGGAAAGACGGCCUUGGCGGCUCAGAUUGCAGAGGACUCGGAGUUCCCCUUCAUUAAGAUCUGUUCUCCAGACAAGAUGAUCGGACACUCGGAGAUCUCCAAGUGCCAGGCGAUCAAAAAGGUCUUCGAUGACGCCUACAAGUCGCAGCUCAGCUGCGUGGUGGUGGAUGACAUUGAGCGUCUGCUGGACUACGUCCCCAUCGGGCCUCGUUUCUCCAACCUCGUGCUUCAGGCUCUGCUGGUGCUGCUGAAGAAAGCUCCGCCAAAGGGCCGGAAGCUGCUUAUCAUCGGAACCACCAGCAGGAAGGACGUGUUGCAGGAGAUGGAGAUGUUAGACGCCUUCAGCACCACCAUCCAUGUCCCCAACAUCUCCACCGGGGAGCAACUCGUCGACUCUUUAGAGCUGUUGGGGAGCUUCACAGAUAAAGAGCGAGCCAGCAUCGCGCACCAGCUCAAAGGGAAGCGGGUGUGGAUCGGCAUCAAGAAGCUCCUCGUGCUCAUCGAGAUGUCACUGCAGAUGCCAGCGGAUUACAGAGUGACCAAGUUCCUGUCCCUGCUCAGAGACGAGGGCGCUGACCGCACCUUCUACGAGUAGACAAGCAAACAUCUCUCCACCAACGAGCCGUCCGUGGGACAGGAUGAGGAGGACGAGAGGCCGUCCUCUCCUCCGUCCAACCGCCCGUCUGUCCAUCUAUUUAAAUACACACCCGGUCAGAGAGGGGGGACACACGAGUCCUCCUCGUCUCAGCAUGUUUCCGUAGGCAAUACCUCUGCAUCACCACCAAUCAACUUUACUCAACGACAUACGCAGCAAACCAAUGAAAGUCCUACUGUUUAAAAUCUGUUAUCUGUAACGAAACUGGAAUAGAUGAUUGUAAGAAAAGAAAAAAGUGCUGUUUUGUGCAUCGUGCGGAAAAAUAAUAACAAAAAAAAGCCAUGUAUGUUUUCAGCUGUAGUAUUUGUAGUAUUCGUUGCAUAUUGCCCGUAAUGCUAAAUAUAGUACGACGCAUAUCCUCACAACACACGAGCACAAAAACUGAGUACAACGGACAUUAAUCCCAGAGGCAUUUGAAUAUUUAAGAUUAAAUCUAUGAGAGGCUUUUAGUGAAUACGUAGUGGCUGUAAAAAAAAAGAGCUGAUCCAUGUGUAAAUGUGAGCCCCUCGUCUCUGCAGUGUGUAACUCGUUCAUGUUCUGUACAUAGUAUAUAUAGACAAAACGAUUUAAACAAUAUAUCACAACGUUUCUUCUUCCUUAUUCUUCAAGAGAUGUUGGCUUUACACGGUUACUGUAAUAGUGAAGGUAAAUGUUGGAAUGUUGGCCCGUCUGUCAGUGUUGUGUGCAGUUCAGUUCGGUGUGUUGUUAACAACAUCCUCAGUGUUAAAGAUGUAAACAGAAAUACUCUGCACUUCGGCUAAAUACAAAACAUACAAAAACCCUUUAGUACUUAUCUCGGGCGUUCUUGGUGGGAACCCGAGCUUGUUUCCGCUGGUGUGCAUGUGUGUGGGGGAACCAAACGCUGCAUGCGUCCACUCUGCAGGAGGUCCGGUGCGUGCGUGAGUUUGCGGUGGCAGAACGUGCUUUUGAACGUGCACGUGUGUGUUUAUACAUUUGAUUCUAGGUUUUAGACAGUCGCUGGUUUAUUUGUGGAUUUCUUUCUCAUGUCAUGUGUUUGGUGCUUACAGUCUAAAGUUCUUGUUUUGUUCUGACCAUUGAUGAUAUAUAUGAGUGUGUGUGUGUGUGUGUGUGUGUGAGAGAGAGUGUGUGAAUAUAUAUCAACAUACAGAUGUAUUAUUGCAAUAAAAGGCACAGAUGCACAGGAAAAAGAAACA